GUUAUAAACCGUGUUACGAGAAGGAUCAAUUUUUUUAAUAUUUUUUUUUUUUUGGAAAAUUAUAAACAUUAACUAACAAAUAACAAUUAAAACUAACAUACUAAUUAACAAUUUAAUAAUUUUUUUUUUCAAAUAAAAUGUAAGAAUUAUUGUUGUGUUUGUUAUAAAAACUUUAAAUUGAUAAAAAAUUAAAUUUCUUGUCAUUCUAUCUUUUUUUGAUAAGAAAUAAUACUAAAGAUAACAAAGUACUUUCAAUUCAAUAAUUUUCUGUUCUAAAAAUAAAAAACAUGCAAUUUUUUCAUCCCCCUUUAAUGUGUUAGUCAUCAUAAAAAUUUUUAUGUUUUUUUUUUCUCUGAUUUUUUGAGGCUUCGUGAUUGAAUAUUUGAAUAAAUAAAAAAAAAAAGUUUGUGAGGGUGUUAUACGUUGUAUAAGAAGAAAUGAAAAUUGAGCUGAUAGAGAGUGAUCGUUUGGCUGUUCAAGGAGGAAAUACGCCCAAAAAAAUUGACUAUUUACUCAGUCAUCCUGCAACACUUAAUGAUAAAAUUAUUAUAAAUAAUAAUAAUCAGGAAGAAGAGUGGACAACUUGGACUGAAAGAGCAUCUAGUGAUCAGGAUGGUUACAAUCAAGAAGAUGAAGGAAAUAAUUUCUUGAGGGCAACAAGCCAAGAAGAAAUAAGUGAUUUAACAUUUGUGGCAAUGUCUUCAGCACCCUCAACAAGAUUACAACUUUUUUGGGAUAAUUUUAUUCAUGCUGAACCACAAAGUUAUGAGAAAUCAUCUUGGCUUGAUAUUUUUCUGGCUGAAUUUCUCGCACAAGUACAUGAAGGACGUGAUAUAAAAGAAGUUUUAUCAUUUUGUUCAGUUGGUGGUGGUGGUGUAUCAACUUUAGUUGCUUGUGAAUUAUUAUCUGAUGUACAUGAAUUAUGUGCAGCUAGAAAUGAUGGUGGUGAAUUAUUUUCACUUCGUAAAUACUUGGUACAGGGACGUGGUUGGCGAUGCCUAUCAGUUCUUCAUAUGCUUGGUGUUCGUGGUUUAUCAUGUGGUCGUGAACUGGUUGCUCUUCUUGUUGCCUUAUAUCCAGUAUCAUCAAAUGAAAUUAAUAACACUGUACCACACAAUAAUCCAUACAUCAAAUUUCAUUGUAAUGAUGAUACUGUUGAUACAGUUGACAUUAUUCCACAUACGAAAAAGAAAAAAAAAAAAAAUCAACGUUGUCGAUCAACAACAUUGAAUGAUCAAAUACAAAUAACUAAAAAACGUAUAAGAAGACACAGUAUUGCUACUGGUACAUCAAGAAUAUCACAACAAGUUUUAUUUAAAAAAACAAAUGCUGCUGAUAACGAUGAUGAUGAUGAUAAUGAUGAAGAAGAAAUAAUACCAAAUAAUAGUAAUAAUAACAGUAAUAAUAAUAUAAAUAAUAAUAAUGCACUUAGUAGUGAAUCAGAAAUAAUUGAUAAUGAUGUUAUUGAUCAAGCAAGAUCAUUAACACUUAAAAUACGUCUUAAUCCAAUGGAUUUUGAAUAUUUUACUCAAGUUGUAAGAAGUGAUGAUGAAGAUAAUCAACAAAAACAAAUACUUUAUGAGCCAAUGCAACGUCCAAUACGUAAAAUGCCACAUGAUUUUAUGGAUCAACGUAUUAAAAAAGUAAUUGAUUCAAAAUUAAGUAAUUUUGAAACAAGUUUAUUAAUUAUACAAUUAUUACAAGGUUUAAGAGAUUAUGAAACAACACCUGCUGAACAAACACCAGCUGUACAAGUUUUAAAAUUUGCAUUAGAUACAUUAUGGUCAUUACAAUUUGGCAUUGAUGGAAUAAAUUUAAGUGGUACAGAAUCAGCAACAUUAAAAGCUGCUGCUGCACGUUUAAUGCUUGGUGCAUUAGAACGUGUAUUACGUGCUGAUGAACCAACAACAGCUGUUAUACAUAAUGGUUUAUUACCAAUGACAUUAAGAUUACUUGAAGAUGCAUGUAGUAAACCAGUUGUUGUAUUAAAUCCUGAAGAAGGUUCACUACUACAAGAAUUUAUAUUUGCAACAACAUAUGGUAUUAUAACAUUUUUAUAUUGUUUAUUACAUCAACGUGGUACUAGUGAAAAAUUAAAAGAUUUUCUUGAAUUAUUUCAAUUAUUUACUGAAAGUCAAGAUGGUAAAUUAGUUGAACGUACAAUAUUAGCAAUUAUUAAUUUACCAAGUAUUGAUAAAUCAAGAUCAAUAAUACGUACAAUUAAAGUUAUUGAUAUGAUUGGUGCAUUAAUAUGUGCAUUAAAACGUGUUAGACAAGAUUUAUGUCAUAUGGGACAAUGUCAUAGAUCAAAACAUAAAUCAUGCACAAAUACCAUUGAUUCAUAUCAUCAUUUUAAUAUAUUUGGUGCAAUAUAUACACAACCAACUGUUGGAACAAUAACUCAACAAAUAUGUUGUAUAUCAACAUUAUUUAUGACAUUAUUAUCAUUAAAUAAAGAAUUAAAAACAUUUUCAAUUGAUAUUGAAAUAAGAUUACUCAAAGUUAUAACAGCUGCUGGUACAUGUUGUUGUUUUCCACCAAAAAUAUUAUUAACAAAUAUUGUUAAUAUAUUUAAAAAAAAAUAUAUACAAUUAUAUUUACCGUGUGUUGAUUUAUUAGAAAGAUGUUUAUUUAAAGAACUUGGUGGAUUCAAUGGACAUGAUACAUGUAAUUGUUGUAAUAAACCAAAUAAUUAUUCAUGGAAUUUUAUUGAACUUUAUGCUGAUUUAUUAAUACCAGAUGAUUCAAAUUUAUGUUAUAUUAUUAUGUCACAUUUAAUGAAAGUAACACCAAAUUCAAAUUUUUAUGUAAGACGUGAAAUGCUUUUUCGUGUAUUUUAUCCGACAUUUAUUAAUGUUAAAAAAUAUAUUAAUAAUAAUGGUAAUGAUUCAACAUGUGAAUUUCUUAUACAAUCAUGUUUAUCAAUGAUAUCAAAUUUAAUUAUAAAUCCACAAAUGUAUGAUACAUUGAUGCAAAUUAAUGGACUUGAUGAAUCAUUGAAACUUAUUAAAAAUCCAUUAUUUACAAAAAGUGUUUAUGCAUUACUUGAGGUUACAGUAAUAAUGGAAAUUUGGAAAAAUAUAACAGAAGAAAAUAAAUAUAUUGAUGAUAAUAAUGAUGAAGAUAUUAAUGAUGAUGAUGAUGAUAAAAAAAUUAAUGGAAUACCAGCAUUAAUAUCACUUUUUAAUUUACUUAAUAAUGAAACAACUGCACUCAUUGAUAAAUUAACAGCUAUUAAUGAUAAUAGAAUAGAUAAAAUUUUUGAUGAAGAAAAAAAAAAAAGCAUAUUAAUUAAGACUGAUUUAGAUAAUUCGAAUAAUAAUCAUGAGUAUUUAGCUACAAUUUGUCAUGAUGAAAAUAUUGAUAAAUCAUCAAAUGAAUUUAUUAAGACUGAUGAUAUUGAGAUGAAAAAAAUUAAUUUUUUUCAAGCAAGUGCAGCAUGGAGAGCAGCUGCUGGAGUUGCACUUUGUAGUCCAACAUUUCGUAAUGAAAUAUCAAAAAAUCCAAUAGCAGAAAAAUCAUUAAAAUUAUUUAAAAUACUUGCUAGUUUUCUUGCUACUGAUCGUAUCAAAGAUGCUAGUAAAUCAGCACAUCGUCUUUUAGAAGCACUAAUCACUUGUUGUUUGACAUCAUCAACAAGUGAUUCAGUUGUUAUAAACGAACUUAGUAAAACCCUUAUGACAAAAGAAAUAAAAUUAGGAAAAGGAAUAUCAAUGAUUGUCGAAGGAUUGUUACGUGUAUCAAUGCUUAAACCGAGUCAAGAAGAAACAGUACCCCAGCCAAUACGACCAAGAUUACCGUCAAUGGCAUUAGAUACAUCACCAGAUUGUAGUGGUGUUGUUGGUGGUGGAAGUGGUGGCGGUGAUGAUAGUAGUAUUGGUGAUAAUGUAACUGCUGAUGAUGGUUACGAGGCUGAUGUUGAAAUUCAAGCAAAAUAUUCACAAAAUAAUCAAAUGAAAAAAAGUAAUUCACUUGGACCAAUUGUUGAACCAAGAGGUCAUGCAAAUGCACAUCCUGCAUUGUGUUCAUUAGCUGUUGAUUUAUUAAUUCAUUAUAGUAAAGAAGGACUUGAUGUUGAACGAUGUGGAAUUGUUAGUAAUGGGCUUAGAAAAAUAGCAAUAACAUGCAGAGAAAGUGCAUCAACUUGUGCAGUACUUGCAGGAUCAGGUGUUAUUGCAAAAUUAUUAAAUGGUUUUGAAAAUAUUUUAAUAAGUAAAGAUUUACAAUAUCAAGAUUUACAACAUGCAAUUUUAGAAGUAUUUACACUUCUAGCAACACAAUCAAUAUCACCAACAGAAUUAGUAUCAUAUUUAUCAUUAUUUAAAGUACAAUCACCACCAUUAUUGGCAUUACUUGAGCCAUUAUCAAGAUUAGUUUUAACAUCAAAACCACAGCCAAAUUUUAUAUUAUCAUUUCCAACACGAUUGGAUAAAAAUUUUAUGUGUAAACCAGCAAAUGAAAGCUUAAAAAAUUCUGAAAAAAUUGAAAAUCUUGUUAAUAAUUUUCGUAAAAAACAUUUGGCUUUGGGUAUAUGUAGUCCAUGGUCUGUUCAUGCAACUUGUUUACCAGUUGGUCCAGAAUUAUCAUGGCCAGUUUGGUUAAAUGGUUGUUCAGCAUCAAUGUGGUUAAGAGUUGAAAGAGGAUCAUCAAAUGGCAAUAGAGGUACAACUGUUUCUGUUGCUCCACACUUGGAUAGUGAUAGUGAAAGUUUAUCUGAAUGGGGAUUAUUAUCUGAUAAUUGGAGUAGAGAAGUUGUUGCUGGAUCAUCAUCACCACCAACACCAGCAACAAUAAUUCAUUUAAUGUCAGUUGGUUUUGAAUCAUUGGUUCUAGAACUUUGGCUUGAUUUACGAGCAGAUAAAUUAAUUUUACGUCUAACAAGACCAGAUGAUAAAACAAAUCGUACAAUAUCUGAAACAUGUAUUAAUGGAAUGUUACCAUCAGGACGUUGGCAUCAUCUUGCACUUAAUUUUAAAGAUACAGUACUUAAUAAAAAAAGUGCUGUUGUUGAAGUUGUCAUAUGGAUUGACGGAUGGCGUGAGGCAAAUGCACAAUUACCAUUUGAUGGUUUAUUAAUUAGAAAACCAAGUACAACAUGUAUACUUUUAGGACAAAUUGGUGCAACUGGUAAUGGUGCAUGUUAUUUAGGUAAUUUAAUGAUUUUUAGAUGUCCAGUAUUUACAAAAGAAAGAGCUUUAUAUUUAGCAAGUAUUGGACCAAAUCAUACAAAUUUAUCUGAUUGUAUAUUAAAUUCUGUAAAACCAGAUUUUUCAUAUUUACUUGGUUCUGGUGCUUUAAAUGGUAUACGUGAAAUAAAAUUUGAAAAUGGUAAAAUUGAUUUAAAUCGUAGAAAAUCAUAUGGUGGUACAUUUUUACGUCAUAUUGUUGAGACAAAAGUAAGUGAUACUAAAAUUGAUUGGGAUUCAGUUAUGGAUGCAACAAAUUCACAUUUAAAUAAUUUACAAGAUAAUAUAUUAUUAAGUUAUGAAGCACAAAAUCCAACAAUUAUUCAUUUAUAUCCACAAGCAAUUGCAACACCAAAUGCUGUUGUUAGAAAUUUAUUUCCUGGACAACCUGGUUUUCGUGUUAUUUCAGCACCAGAUAAUAGAGUAUCACAACAACCACCAAUAUCAAUACCAACAAUAUCAACAAUAAAACUUGAAUGUCAACAAUACAGAGGUUUAAUACCAGCAGCAAGUUUAAUUGGUGGUAUACCAAAUUUUUUUUAUUUAUUUGCACGUGUUGUUGAAUUAAAUUCAAAUGAAGAAGAACAAGCAUUAGCAUUAUCAAUUGUUCUUAAUUUAGCUAAAAGUGAUUCUGAGCUAUUAAAUCAAUAUCGUUCAGAGGGUGGUGCAUCAUUAUUAUUACGUGUACUAGAAUCACCACGUUGUCAUGCUGGUAAAUAUAUAUUAAAAACAAUUUUUGAUGCAGCAUGUGAUAGUUCAAUAUUAAUAAAAGAUAUUAAUAAUGGAAAUCAUACAAUAUUACAAAAUUGUGAAACAAUUAUAACUGAUCCAGAAUUAAUUAAUGUAACAUUAAGUGCAUGGCGUACAUGGGCAAAAUUUGAUUCAAUGAAUUUAUUAUUACAAUCAUUACUUGUAUUAUUGAGAGAUCAACAUUCACAAAGAGAAUUUAAUGCAUCACAAUUAAAUCGUGUUAGAAUUGUUGAAACAAUAUUAUUAUUAUGUAAAGAACAUUUUUUAUAUGAAGAAUUAGGUACAUUACUUGAUUCAACAACUGGUACAGCUGUUGUUGAAUUAAUACGUGCUCUCAUGGGAGCUCCCCCGGAGUUUGCACAUCUGGUUGCAAUAACAGAUUAUCUUAUACUUGUACAUCAAGCAUCAGAAACUUAUGUAACUCAUUCACGUCAUAAUAUUUAUUUUUUAUUACCACCACUUGAAAAAAAUAAUAAAAAGAUUAAAAUUAAAAUUAAAUCACCUAGCGGUGGUAGUAGUAGGAGUGGUGGUGGUAGCAGUAGUAGUAGUAGCAGUAGUAGUAGCAGUGGUAGUAAAACAACAACAAUAACAAAAACAACACAAUCUAUGACAAUAGAAAAAACAACAACUGCAAGUUCAUCAGAUGAAUCAAUUAAUACAUUAGAAAUAGGUAAAUUAAAUAAAGCAUUGGUUAAUGUACAAAUUCAACGUGAUAGAGUAUCAAGACGUAGACGUAAUAAUAAUAAUAGUAAUAACAAUAAUCAUCAUCAUAAUAAUAUGGAAACAAGUGCUGGUGAAGAUUCUGGUAUUGCAGCAAGUGAUUGUUCAAAUAAUCAAUUUAAUACAUAUCCACAUACAAUGUGGAUUGAUGAAAAACGUGCAUGUCAAGGUCUUGUUUGUGAAGGUUUAUUAUUAUUAUUACGUGAUGCAAUACGUGUAUUACCAGAUAGUCAAAUUGAUUCUGUAUUAAAACAUGUAUUACGUGCUGAAUUAUUACUUGUACUUGGUAAUAAUCCAGAUACAAGAGUAAGAACAGCAUUAAUUAAAGUUGUACAAGCAUAUUUUCAACGUGCAAGUGAUGAUGAAAUUAAUAAAUUUAUAAAACAAAAAUAUUUUAUACAUUUAGCAAAUCAAAUAUCACUUUAUCCACCAAGUGAACCACUUGUUGCUGCACUUGAAAGUUUAGCAACAAAAGGACCAAAUUUAUCAGCAAUGCCACCAUUAUUAGCAAUGUUAGCAAAAUCAUCAUUAACUGAUCCAAGUAUUGCAAGACCAAUGGUAUCAUUUGUAACUGGUAUUAUAACAAAACAACCAAAUUUAUUAAAAAUAUUAUUAGAUCAAGGUUUAAUUGAGAUACUUGUAAAAGCACUUGUUAAUGGAGCUCACAAGGGUAAUUCAAUAUCAUUAUUUAAUGAUAUACAUGUUAUUCUUGUUACAAUUGCAACGAAACUAUUAGAAACACCAGGUAAUCAUCAUAUGCAAGCAAUAUCUGAUAUUCAUUUAAUUCUUAAUCAUGUUGAGCUUAAUGAAAGAUCACAAUGUGGUGAAUCAACUCAUUGUGUUGGAGUUAUACGUGAUGCACAAGUUGUACUAUUUGAUGGUGAAUUAGAUACAUUAAUGUCAAAAGUAACAACACAUUCGGGCUUUAGAUUAUUAAGUACUGCAUCAUAUUUAGCAUCAGCAUCAUAUUUAACAUCUGUAUUGACAACAUCAAGUGAACAAAGUGAUCAUGAAUCACGUUCAUCAAGUUAUGGAAGUUUACAUAGUUCAAAUUUAUCAAUAAAAGAACCAGGUAAAAGUGAAAUUAAUGAAAGAUUUAGAUCAAUUAUAAUAAGAGCUGUUGAAUUUAUAACAACUGCUGAUAAUUCACCAUCAACAAAUGAAUUACAAUUAACUAAAAGAUUAUUUUCAAUGUUACUUCAUGGCUUAACAAGUCCGUUGGAUAAAAAAAAUUAUUGGGGUGGUUCUUGGUCAUCAAGACCAACACUAAGAAAAAAUACAGCAAGAAUAUUAGUAUGGUUAUUGGGACCACAUCAAAGUAAUAAUACAAGAGUAUAUGCUGUAAGAUGUUUAAUGGAAGAACCACGUGGACGUGAAAUACUUUCAUCAUUACUUGAAAUACAUCCACAAAUUGAACAAAAAUUUACAGUUUUUUUUUGGGAUUUAUUACAAAAAAAAGAUGAUAUGCCAAGUGCUGAUGCAAGAAUUUGUAUUGAUUUAAAAGAAGCAUUAUGUAUAUGGAAUUUAGUUAAAGGUAUUGAAAAAGCAACACCAGAUUUAUGGGGUGAAGAAUUAUUAUUAUUACGAAGAGAAUUAAUGCGUGAACGUGAUAUAUGGCUUGAUAAUAAUAUAAUUGCAAUACAAAGAAUUGGUAAUAAAUUUGAUAUACUUAGUAAACAAAUAACAGAUAGUGCAAUGACAAUAACAAGAACAGUUGUUGAAGAACAAAAUUGUGAACGUAAAAUAUUAAUGGAAAAGCUAAAACAUUCACGUGCAAUUGAAGCACAAUUAAUGGCUAAAUGGCGUGAUUUAGCUAAAAGAUUAACACAUGAACGUGCACCAUGGUAUUUUAAAGAAUCAUAUCCAAAAAGUUGGGAACUUGAUCCAACUGAGGGUCCAGCAAGAGUUAGAAUUAGAAUGCAAAGAUGUCAUUUAAAAAUAGAUAAAAGGUUUUUUAAAAAUGAAUAUAAAAAUAAAAUUGAUGCAGCAAAUGUUGAUAGUCCAUUAUCAUAUUUAUUUAUGACUGUACGUAAUGAUACAAAUGCAACAGCACUUAUUGAAAGACUUCAUACAAGUGAAAGAAUACGUAAAAUGUCACAAGCAAGAGUUGUAACACCUCAUUCAGAAUUUUUAGGUGAAGCAUUAAUUGGUGAAAAUUGUUUAUAUUUUAUUCCUGAAACACCAGAUAUACCACAAUUACAAUAUACUGAUAUUGCACUUGGUGGUUUAGAUCUUGCAAUGGCUGGUGGUACAGCAUGGAGACUUGAAGAUAUACGUGAAUUACACAGAAGAAGAUAUCAAUUACAAGAAAGAGCUAUUGAAAUUUUUUUAGUUACUGGUAGAACAUAUUUGUUGGCAUUUAAUACAUCAAAAGAACGUGAUGAUUUUGCUGCUGAAUUAUCAACAUGUAAUUUACCAAGAAGAGUACCAGGUGAUGAUUUAGGUGAAGCACUUGCAUUAUGGAGAAAUGGAUCAUUAACAAAUUGGGAAUAUAUUAUGUGUUUAAAUAAAUUAGCUGGUAGAUCAUAUAAUGAUUUAAUGCAAUAUCCAGUAUUUCCAUUUGUAUUGGCUGAUUAUACAUCAAAAAAAAUUAAUUUAAAUAAUUCAAAUAUAUAUAGAAAUUUUAAAAAACCAAUGGCAAUACAAGAUGAAAAAAAUGAACAACAUUAUAUUAAUAAUUAUAAUUAUUUAAAACAAACAUUAGCUGAAGGUUUAAAUUUAAUUUCAUUAAAUCAAGAACCAUUUCAUUAUGGUUCACAUUAUAGUAAUUCUGGUACUGUAUUACAUUUUUUAGUUAGAUUACCACCAUUUACAAGUAUGUUUCUUUGUUAUCAAGAUGAUAAUUUUGAUAUACCUGAUCGUACAUUUCAUGCUUUAGCAACAACAUGGAGAUUAACAUCUUGUGAUUCAACAACAGAUGUUAAAGAAUUAAUACCAGAAUUUUUUUAUUUACCUGAAUUUUUAUUAAAUUUUGAAGGUUUUAAUUUUGGUAUACGUCAAAAUGGCUGUAAUGUUAAUGAUGUUGAAUUACCAUUAUGGUGUGGUGGUGAUGCAAGAUUAUUUAUUCUAGCUCAUAGAGCAGCAUUAGAAAGUGAUAUUGUACGUGAUGUAUUACCAUAUUGGAUUGAUUUAGUAUUUGGUUUUCGUCAAACUGGUAAACCAGCUGUUGAAGCAAUUAAUGUAUUUCAUCCAGCAACAUAUUAUGGUUUUAAUGUUGAUCAAAUUGAGGAUCAUGUUGAAAGACAAGCAUGGGAAACAAUGAUUAAAACAUAUGGACAAACACCAGCACAAUUAUUUCGUUCAGCACAUCCAUUACAAAUACAAAAUUCAAAUAAUAAUUCAACAACAACAAGUAGUAUUGGUAUACCACAAGUUAUUGAUGGUGUUGAUGGUAUUAAAUGGGGUAAUUAUGUUGGUGCACCUGGUAAUGAACCAAUUUUAUGCUGGAAACAUAAACAUCGUUCAAUUAUUUCAUCAUUAGUACCAUUAACAACUGGUGAUGUAUUUGGUUUACCAGUAUUAACAACUUUAUUACUUGGUUAUACAAAAGAAAAAGGUAGUAAUAUGUUAAGUAAUACAUCAGUACUUGGUGCUGGUUUAGCAUCAUGGGGUGUAGCUGAUGGUAUUGCAAGACUUAAAUCAAAAAAAGAACAACCACCAAGACCACUUAUUAAAUCAUCUGGUUUUGAUCCAAUAACAAUUAUUGGUUCAUCAGCUGAUUGUGGACAACUUUGGAUUGGUCAUUUAUCAGGAAUAAUAACUGUUUAUACAUAUAAUAUUGAAACAAAUGGAAAAAUUGAAUUUAUACCUGAAUCAGCAAUUGUGUUACUUGCACAUAGAUCAACUGUUAAAGUUAUUGUUUUAUCACGUGCAUUUAGUAUUGCUGUUUCUGGUGAUAUUGAGGGUGUUGUUGUUAUUUGGGAUUUAAAUACUUUAACAUAUGUUAGAUCAAUUGAUUGUCAUAAAAGUCAUUCAAUAAGUUUAUUAUCAAUAAGUGAAACACUUGGUGAUAUUGCUGUUACUUGUGAUUUAUCAAGACAACAAAACAAUACAAAUAAUAAUGAUAAUCGAUCUGAAUUAAGAGUAUUUACAAUUAAUGCUAGACCUGUUGGAACAGUAUCAUCAAAAAGAAAAAUAACAUCAUUAUGUUAUAGUAAUGCACCUGAGGGUUCAUCAGUUAAUGUCAUUGCAACUGGAUUGGAUAAUGGUAUUAUAAGAUUAUGGAGUAGUUGGGAUCUUAAAUUAAUACGUGAAAUUGUUAAUGGUGGUAAAGAUUGUGGUGGAAUAAUUGCAAUUGCAUGGUCAAUUGAUCAACAUCAUCUUUAUGCUGCAACUGAAGAUGCAACUGUACUCAUAUGGGAAGGAAUGCGACGACUCAACAAUGGAACACCAAAAUUUGUUAAUUUAACAUCACUCUAACAACAAACAAACAAACGAACAAACAACCAAAUUAUUAUUUUUACAGAACAAUAUAAAGUACUCUCUUUAUUUUUCUCUCUCAUUCUCUCUAAUAUUAAUAUAAUCAAUGAAUAAUUAUUUUAAUCAUUUGUGAUGUUAAUCAUUCAAUUAAAUAGGGUCACAUUUAUUUUUAUUCGAUUCAUUAAUAUAUAGGUAAAUCAUAAUCUGAUACUAAGAAAAAAAAAAAAUAUAUAUCAUUAGUAUUUUUUGUUAUUAAUAUUAUUGUUGUUUAAAAUUGAUAAUUAAAUUUUUUUUUUCUUUGAUUUAUUUUUAUUAUAAAAUUUAUAUAGACUUGGUCGAUUAUUGAAAUUUAAAUAAAUUUCAUAAUUGUAAUAAUCAUUUUGUAUGAUUAAAAAAAAAAAUUAUCAAGAUACGAUAGUAUUAUUUCAUAAUGAAUUGAAAAUUAUUUUUUGUAAUACUCGUGAUGUUAUUAAUUAUUUUUAAAAGACUAAUAUAUUUUUAUAUUUAUUUAAUAGUAUAUAUAACUAUUAAAUAAUAUUAUUAAAAUAAAAAAUUUAUAAACAAUAUGAAAAAUUAAUUAAAAAUAAAUAAAAGAUUGUUUUUUUUUUUUCUCUACUUAUAGUAAAACAAAUAUUAAUAUUUUAUUUUUUAUGAAAUUUAACAAUUUAAAUGAAAAUAUAAUUAUUAUUUACAGAUGAAAAAUAUAUUUUUAAA